GAAAAGUACUAGUGGCGCCCGUAGAUGGGCGUAGCAAAGUCGGUCAGUCCUUAAAUGGUUCCGUUUCUUUUAAAUGUUUUCAAAGAAAAUUUCUCACAUCUUUUUAAUCUGAGUCUUACCCGGAAACUUCGAUCGAUCCUUGGAUUUUGAGCUGAAUUUUUCCGUUUCUUGUUCGUGAAUUCAAGAAUGGCGAAAUUGAGACAUUCUCGGUUACAGGCGAAGAAGCUGUCCACAGUAACGCUUGUAUUAUCGAUGUUGUUUAUGUUAACGGUGGUUUUAUUGAUGCUUUUAGGACUAGGGAUUUUCUCUCUUCCGAUAAACAGCGACGACACUCCGCCCAUUGCCAUUGAUCUUACUUCUUAUAGACGCAUGGCUUCUGAAAGAGGAAAAGGCUUGGGGAAAAGAGGGGAGCAGUGGACUGAAGUCCUUUCUUGGGAGCCUAGAGCUUUCAUUUAUCAUAAUUUCUUGUCCAAGGAAGAAUGCGAAUACCUGAUAAAUCUUGCUAAACCUCACAUGGCAAAAUCCACGGUUGUUGAUAGGAAAACAGGGCAAAGUAGAGAUAGCAGGGUGCGUACAAGUUCGGGUAUGUUUCUGAGAAAAGGGCAAGAUAGAAUCAUUAGGGUCAUAGAGAAAAGGAUAGCCGAUUUUACUUUCAUUCCCGUAGAAAAUGGAGAAGGCCUUCAAGUUCUCCACUAUGAAGUUGGACAGAAAUAUGAUGCACACUUCGAUUACUUCGCUGACAAGUUCAACACUAUAAAUGGAGGCCAGCGGAUGGCUACCGUGCUUAUGUAUUUGUCAGAUGUUGAAGAAGGAGGUGAGACGGUAUUUCCAGCAGCCAAAGGAAAUGUUACUGCUGUGCCUUGGUGGAAUGAAUUGUCUGAAUGUGGUAAACAGGGUCUAGCUGUGAAGCCAAAGAUGGGGGAUGCUUUUCUGUUCUGGAGCAUGAGGCCUGAUGCCAAGCUAGAUCCUUCAAGUUUGCACGUUGGAUGCCCUGUGAUUUCGGGAAACAAAUGGACCUCAACGAAGUGGCUGCAUGUUGAAGAGUACAUGGUUUAAGCUGCUAUAUAGAGGUACCUGUAAACGCCUAACGGAGGAAGUUACUGCUGUAGUGUUAGAUGGUCAAUGCAGCCUUAUAAGUGUACACCAUGAGCUAUCUUUUCUUGUUCACUAAAUGCCUCGAACUACAUUGGAAAAAAAGGUGAGAUUAUAAAUUUUCAAGGUCCUUCAAACCACCUAUAGAGAAGUUUAUUAGCUAGCAUUCUCUGGGCACUAGUAACCUGUAUAUGCUAAUGGUCAAGAACCGUUUUCAAAAUUCAAACAUUGUUUAGAGAAGUUUAUUAGCUGAA